UGUUUACCACUUCCUUUUAAAUAAAGCUCUUCCAAUAAGAACAAAAUGGCGACGUCCUGCGUUAAGCGCGUGUGUUUUGAAAGAAAAUAUAUUUCACGUUUAUCUAAAUUGGAAAUAUAGAGAAAAAUUGAACACACUUGCGCGGUGACAUUCAGUGGAGCAGAUGGACACCCCAAGGAAGAGUGUCAGCAAAAAGGCUGUCAAAAAGCCCAUUCGGGUCAAGACCUUGUUUACAUCCCCGUUCACGCUGAACUGGAGCCCGCUUCCUCAAAAAGACAUGAAUUUUAUCCUGACAACCUUAAAUGAGAAACUAAUUUCAAUGGGGCUUGAGAAGAAAGAGGUGAAAGUGUUUCGGCCGUGGAAGAAAAAAAGAGGUCCAGUUCCCUCGUCUUUGUCGGACGUGAAUGAGGUCAAUGAUUUGACCAAAGGUGGUUGGACGGAUGUGGCCGCGAGGCGACAACUCGCCUUGGGCAUCAACGAGGUCACAAAAGGUCUGGAGAGGAACCAACUCAAGCUGGUGCUGGUUUGUAAGUCGGUCAAACCCAAGCACAUGACCAACCACCUAAUAGCGCUGAGUGCCAGCAGAGGUGUGCCCGCCUGCCAGGUGCCCCGGCUGAGCGUCACCGUAGCCCAGCCGCUGGGCCUCAAGAGCGUCCUGGCUCUUGGGUUCAGGCACAGCGGUCGCCAAGGUGGCAGCGACGACGACAACGGCGAGGCGUUCACUGACGCAGUGGAAGCCAUCAUACCGAGGGUGCCCUCGCUGGACGUUGCUUGGAUACAAGGUGCAACACCUGGUGUCGAAUUGCAACACAACGUUGGCACUAAAGAGGAGGAGGGCGGACAGAGGACGGGCAAGAAAAGAAAACUGGAGCCAGAUGAUCAAGUCCCAGAGUCUUCCGCAUCCUGCACGCUGCAACCUCUCAAAGUGAAAAAAAUUGUUUCGAACCCGGCAAAGAAAAAAAGAAAGCAGAAACCAAAGCAAGCCAAGUGAAAUUAAUUUCCUUUUUUCCCCCCGUUAUUUGGAACUUAAUAUGUGUGCUUUGAGGUUAAUUUACAGGCCACAAAAAGUUCGGGAUGUUGGGCUUUCAAGUUAAAUUUCCGCAUCAAUCUAAAAUACAAUAAUUUUUACAGGUGAACUUAAUUUGUCUUUCUCAACACCUGCCCAACUGGUUAAUGUUCCAGUCCUUUUUGCACGACUUGUUGUUCUCUAACAAGGACCUGAACAGCAAACAUCACAACAUGAAUGGAGCAAUACAUUUCCUGUUUCAAUUAUAAUUGGUAAACAGUCCUCUUCAUCAUGCUGUUCACAUUCUGAGAUCAUGAGACCAUAACACCUAACAUUCGAUCAACAGUACCUCGCCAUUGGGAGGUUUCAAAUAGGAUGCUCUCAGAGGGAAGUAGCCACUGAGCUAAGUGUCACAAUCAGUAGGUUGCAACAGAGAGACUGGAAGAGUCACUGAAAGGCAUACAAAUGGGCAUCCUUAAAAAACAACAAAAAACUGUGAAUUCUUCCGUUUAGCUUCUUUUCAAAUUGUGCUAAAACUACUGAAACAUUGAACAGUUGGACAAGCGUUCAAAAGUUUAGAGAAGGUCAAAUUUUUUCUGACUUUGCUUGGAAAUGUUUGUUUUGCAAACAUGAUUAAAAAUAAUUUAUUCUUAAUUUGGGUGGAUGCUUCUAAAGGCAGAGUACCACAAUACUUAAAUGCCUUUUUUUGUUGUUUUUUUUAUUUUUGAGGGCACUGAAAGUUAGAUGAACUAAACAGACACCUGUUCAAAGCAUGUCGUCACUUAUCAAUGUUAAGGUAGUGUUUGGUUGUUCUUAUUUAUAGUGAUUAACUUAUGUUUUCACAGUAAGAAUAUUAAAACGAGAUGACUGUUCAUUAAAUGUCUUUGGUUAACUUCUUUUUACGCUAUUAUGGCUAUUAAGAAUGUGACUUCAAUUAUGGCCUUUACACGUUUUUUUUUUUUUUUAUUUUAUUUUUUUAUCCAGAUUUCAAAUAAGGCUGGGAGGAUUUAUUGAUAUUCAUAGAUGAAUAUGAGUUUAUCAGGACUUUUUUCUUUUCCCAAGAGGAAGCGCUUAGUGGUGCUUUGAGAUGAGUUUGUUCCGUGACCACGCUUGUAACUCAAAACACUCUUCUUAAUUAAUCUUAAUUUCCCCCCUUGAAAUAUCAAAUACCAUUAAUCUGUUCCAUCCUCUCCUCCUAAAAUAGUUUUGGAACAAGUUUUAAUUAGUAGCAUAAUAUAAUAGCACUCUAUAAUAGGUUAAUAAUAGCACUCUAUAAUAGGUUAAUCGACAACUCUAAAUUGCCCGUAGGUGUGAAUGUGUGUUCGAAUGGUUGUUUGUUUGUAUGUGCCCUGCGAUUGGCUGGCCACCAGUUCAGGGUGUACCCCGCCUCCUGCCCGAUGACAGCUGGGAUAAGCUCUAGCAGGGCCGCGACCCUAGUGAGGAGAAGCGGCUCAGAAAAUGGAUGGAUGGACAAUACAAAGACAAGAUAUUUAAUGUUCAAACAUAUAAAACUUUAUUGUUUUUAGCAAAUAAUCGUUAGAAUUUUAUGGCUGGAACACGUUCCAAAAAAGCUGGGACAGGUGGCAAAAAAGACUGAGAAAGUUGAGGAAUGCUCAUCAAACACCUGUUUGGAAAAUCCCACAGGUGUGAACAGGUGGGUGUCAUGAUUGGGUAUAAAAGGAGCUACACUGAAUUGCUCAGUCAUUCACAAGCAAAGAUGGGGCGAGGUUCACCUCUUUAUGAACAAGUGCGUGAGAAAAUAGUCAACAGUUUAAGGACAAUGUUCCUCAACAUACAAUUGCAAGGAAUUUAGGGAUUUCAUCUACGGUCCAUAAUAUUAUUAAAAGGUUCUGAGAAUCUGGAGAAAUCACUGCAUGUAAGCGGCAAGGCCGAAAACCAACGUUGAAUGCCCGUGACCUUCGAUCCUUCAGGCAGCACUGCAUCAAAAACCGACAUCAAUGUGUAAAGGAUAUCGCCAGAUGGGCUCAGGAACACUUCAGAAAAACAAUGUCAGUAAAUACAGUUCAGCGUGACAUCCGUAAGUGCAACUUACUCUACUAUGCAAAGCAAAAGCCAUUUAUCAACGACACCCAGAAACGCCGCCGGCUUCUCUGGGCCCGAGCUCAUCUAAGAUGGACUGAUGAAAAGUGGAAAAGUGUUCUGUGGUCCGACGAGUCCACAUUUCAAAUUGUUUUUGGAAACGUCGUGUCCUCCGUGCCAAAGAGGAAAAGAACCAUCCGGACUGUUAUGGACGUAAAGUUCAAAAGCCAGCAUCUGUGAUGGUAUGGGGCUGUGUUAGUGCCAAUGGCAUGGGUAACUUACACAUCUGUGAAGGUACAUACAGGUUUUGAAGAAACAUAUGCUGCCAUCCAAGCAACGUCUUUUUCAUGGAUGCCCCUGCUUAUUUCAGCAAGACGAUGCCAAACCACAUUCUGCACGUGUUACAACAGCGUGGCUUCGUAGUAAACGAGUGCGGGUACUAGACUGGGCUGCCUGCAGUCCAGACGUGUCUCCUAUUGAAAAUGUUUGGUGCAUUAUGAAGCGUAAAAUACGACAACGGUGACCCCAGACUGUUGAACAGCUGUAGCUGUACAUCAAGCAAGAAUGGAAACAAUUCCACCUACAUAGCGUUAACAAUUAGUGUCCUCAGUUCCAAAACGUUUAUUGAAUGUUGUUAAAAGAAAAGGUGAUGUAACACAGUGCUAAACAUAACCCUGUCCCAGCUUUUUUGUAACGUAUUGCAGCCAUAAAAUUCUAAGUUAAUGAUUAUUUGCUAAAAACAAUAAAGUUGAUCAGUUUGAACAUUAAGUAUCUUGUCUUUGUAGCGUAUUCGAUUAAAUAUAGGUUUAACAUAAUUUGCAAAUCAUUGUAUUCUGUUUUUAUUUAUCUUUAACACAAGGUCCCAACUUCAUUGGAAUUGUAUAAACAUCAGCCCAUGUCAGUACAGUACUCAUUUCACUGUGGAUAAUGACACACUCUGAUUAGCUUCAGCUAGUAUUGUUUUAAGGUCUUUUUCUUUUGUACUUGGGUUGAUAUGCACAUUUUCGGACCAAAGUGUUUAUCUCUAGGACAUAGAACCCAUCUUGCAUGUAAAAUGUGGCACAUUCAGGCAUCUGGAAAUUUAAUCCAAGGAUGAACCGGACUUUCCCAUGAUGUUACAAAAAGAAGCAGUGUUUUUUUGUGUGCGUACUGUAGUUCAGGUGUGUCUUCAAUUAACUCAAAUGUUGUCAAUAAACCUAUCAGAAGCUUCCUAAUAAA